UUGCUCUCUUUCUCUUUCCAAUCCCUCCAAGAUCUCCACACCCACUAAACGUGAAGCCUUAUCCUCCAAGAAGAAGAAGAAGAAAGAAGAAUAUGAAAAUGGUUGGAGACGAUUGCGAACCGGAGCUGCAUCUCAGCCUUGGCAGCUCCACUGAAUCCAACAGGAUCGGUGGAUCGUCGGCAAACUCAGAACAGAACAACCAGCAGCAGCAGCAGCAGCAGCAGCAACAGCAGAUUACUAUCUUCUACAAUGGUCGGAUUUGCGUCUGCGAUGUCACAGAAUUUCAGGUGAGAGCCAUCAUAUCUAUGGCCAACCGAGAGAUGGAUGACAGACUGAAGAAGAAGCAAUUACACCAUCAACAGCAGCACCAAUAUCUACAAGAGAAUCGCAACGAGUCGUCUCCACCUCAUCAACCUCAGGCUGCGCCGCCGCAGCUUCUGAACCAAGGGCUAUUGAUGAAAAGAUCAUUGCAGCGGUUCCUUCAGAAGAGGAAGACGAGAAUAAAUGCUGCUACCACUCCUUACACUCCUUACAAUCACAGACAUGAGAUAUUAUUCUCUCCGACAUCAUAGCUAUCUAGUGCAACUUGGUUUUUGUUCCUUAUUUCUUUCCUUGGGGGUUGUCAAAGUUAGUUGAUUUUGGUUCUAUGUAUCUAAAUUUUCUUGAGUAAAAACAAUAUACUUUCUUUAGUGUAA